AUGGCCGCCGAAGUCCAACCCCUGCAGCCCAUGAAGCUGCCCUCGGGCCCCUCGACCAUCACAGCCGAGCAAAAAUACUGGUCGUCCUUCGGCUCUGAGCUGCGCCUCGACCCGUCCCAACACUCGUCUCCAAUAACGCAUAUCUCCAUACCGCCACGGCCCGCCUCAAACCUCCUCGGUCCCGCACAAGAUCUUUUUGCGGUCACUACCGGAUCGCGCGUACAGAUAUUCUCCUCGAAAACCCGAAAACUCGUUAAGAACAUCUCACGAUUUGGUGUGGAUGACAUUGCGCACUCUGGUAACAUACGACGGGAUGGCAGGAUUUUGGUCGCGGGAGGAGAUAGCGGGACAAUCCAGGCUUUCGAUGCGAACAGUCGAGCUAUUCUGAAGACAUGGAAAGAACAUAAGCAGCCGGUGUGGGUGACAGAGUGGAAUCCAAGCGAGCUUACGAGCUUGAUGAGCUGUUCCGACGAUCGCACAGUACGUCUAUGGGACUUGCCGGCCGACAAGAGCAUUACCAAGUUUGAUGGGCAUCAAGACUACGUGCGCUGCGGCACGUUCAUGCCCGCGCAGAGUGGGCUGCUGGUAUCGGGCAGUUACGAUCAGACGGUGCGACUAUGGGAUUCAAGAAUCGGGGGCAAGGCGGUCAUGGUGUUCAAGCAUGCUGCUCCCGUGGAGGCCGUGCUCCCCAUGCCAUCAGGAACCGCGGUCCUGGCCUCGAGCGAAAACACAAUCAGCGUUCUCGAUGUGGUGGCCGCGAAACCAAUGCAUCUCCUGCGCAACCACCAAAAGACCGUCACGGCUCUUUCCCUUGCGAACAAUGGCGAGCGCCUCCUCUCGGGUGCACUCGACGGGCAUGUCAAGGUUUUCGAGACCACGGGCUGGAACGUAGUGGCUGGCAUGAAAUACCCCUCGCCUAUCCUCUCGCUCAGCGUCAUUCCGUCCCAGGGCGAGGACAAGCACAUCGCAGUCGGUAUGCAGUCUGGGUUGCUUUCGAUCAAGACCAAGCUAUCUGGCGAGCAGAGGGCACUUGCGCGAGAGCGUGAAAAGGAAAUGCAGGCCCUCAUGGCAGGCAAGAUCGAGGAAUACGAUCGCGCGAAGAAGCGCAAGCGGGGGAAGGGAUGGGAGAAGAAGAUGCGAGGUCGCGACUUCACCGGCGAAGGCGCAGAUAUUGUCAUCGACCCGAACUCAAGAGGAAAGAUUCAUGCCAGCUUCCCGUGGGCGAACUGUUUGCGGACAGGACAGUAUGCAAAGGCACUAGAUAUCGUGCUGGCGCAGAAGGGACCCAACGCAAAGGAACACUCAGUCACAGUAUUCACUGCUCUGCGCCACCGCAGCGCCCUCAAUGCUGCUCUCGUCAACCGCGACGAACUCACACUCCAGCCUGUCCUGCGCUGGCUCAUCAAAUACAUCCCAGACUACCGCAUCACGCGCCUUACCACCGACAUUGCACUUGUCGUUUUGGACCUAUACGCCGACCAGCUCGGUCGCAGCGAAGAAAUCGACACGCUCUUCGACCAGCUGAACCAAAAAGUAAAGGAUCUCGUUGAGGCAAGCCAGGCAGCUUGGGGCGUCAAGGGCAUGCUCGACAUGCUGACCGCGACUGCUGGGGCGCAGGGGCUGGACGCCCUCGAGAACUAGAAAGGGAGGGCAUCAAGUGACAGACAUUUGGGAAUUGCAUAGCGACGGCGUUGAGAUUUUGUAAUGUAUGCUUCUUUGGAAA